CCAGCCACCUUUUCACAUCUUCUUGUCUUCUGUCUUAGACCGAGAAGGGAAUUUAUGUAAAAGGAAUUAUAGAUAAUUUAUGGACAUGUUCAGUAUUAAGUCAUUUGUUUGUUAUAAUGUGAAAUGCUUAUGUAUUUCUCUGUCCCUCCACAGAAAGAUAAACAUGCAUCUUAAUGUUAUGAUCUUCGCCCUGUCAUUCUUGACAACUUCAGCAUACCCACUCCACCAUAACACCAGGGAGGCAACCUGGACUGAUUCAAAGGACAAUCAGGCUCAUGACAAGACAGAACUCACAAAGGAUAUGGAUCAAAUCUAUAAGAGCCAUGUAGACACCAGUGACCUUUACAACCAAGAUGAUCACAGCAAAAACCCUGUGGCAGAAGAGAUGCAACGCAAACUCAACAUGGAGUCGGAGCGUCUGCGUAUCCGCCUGCGCCAAGAGCUGGCCGAGCUGCGGGAGAGGUUGUCCCCAUCUCCACCCCACCUCAGCUCCACCCUGGCCAGCAUGAGGGAGCGCUUGGCUCCCCUCACCCAGCAGCUCCAGAGCUCUCUCAGCAGUAACACCAAAGAUCUGUGUGGCCAGCUGAGCCUCUAUCUGCAGGGACUGGAGAAAGCAGAGGCCCAGGCAGAAGCCAGUCCGGCUUUCCACCAGGAAGCCUUCCACUGGAUGAGCCAAACCCUGGAGCACAGCAGCUCCAAGGUGGUCGACAUCAUCAGCGACUUCCAUACUAAAACCGUCGGGGUGAUCGAACAUCUGAAAGAGAUCAGUGCUAGUGAAGAAGAGGCAGCCAAGCCAGAGCUCUGGCAGGAAAUUAGUUCCAGGUUGGGACAGGAAGUGAGUUCACUGAGGGUAGAGGCACAGAACAGGGUGGGGGCUUUCAAAGCAGAGCUUGCUGCUCUGCUAGAAACUACACAUCCUUGUGAGGCUGAAGUGAUAGCCAGUAUGGAGCGGUUCUGCCAAAAUGCAGCCCUGCAGAGCCAAGUGUUUCAGGCCAGGAUUGAGAGGUUGUUGCAGGGGCUGGAAGAGGAGCUGGAGGUCCAGGGAGUCUACAGCCUGUCUGCUUCUUCUUCCUCCUCGUCCAUACAGCCAGGUGGCUCUUUGCAGGAGGAUUUCUCAGUUAAACUCUCUGCUCUGAUCCAAGACAUUCUGCACUCAGUGUAGUGAUGGACACAACUGUACAUUUUUAAAAAACAAUAUUAAUUCACUGCCGUUAUGGUCGCAUUAAAGUGAUUAAUUUGACUUGUAUUCUUGUCCAUGAAUUUAGUUUGUUGUUUGCCACUGUACCAGCAAAGUAAGCAGCCUGUAAAUAUUUAUAAAUGUAUGGUUUUGAUUGAUGUAUUUGUUUCAUUCUGUAUGUGAAUGAGUAUGUAAAUGUCAGUAUAUAUUUAACUGUACUAUGUAAAAGAUGCUGCUCGUAGAGAGAAAAGUAAACAAUGACAUAAAUCA